AAAAAAAAACCCACCGUUGAUUCUGUAUCAGGUGAAAUGUGAAGAAACUCCUCUUUAUUAGCUUCAGAUUAAAACUUCCGUUUGGGUACAGGUAUCACUUAGAGCAGUCCACUCGUGACCUUCGACCCCAGAGCGGGGGGCCUGCGGUGACGUCAUUGCUGGGAACUCCUUGUCAUUCUGAGCACCAAGCAGUUUAGUUCUUUGUAAUCCACUUGAUGUUAGCAAUACUGAUGAAGUGUGAGAAAUGAAAGUCCUUUUGCUUAAAGAUCCCAAAGAAGGAUUAUUGGAACCUGAUCCAUAUGUUCAAGAAUUUACUACACACGGCCUUCAAGGAACUUUAAUUCCGGUUUUGUCAUUUGAAUUUAUAUCACUUCAGGAAUUAACAAAAAAGCUUUCACAUCCUGAAGUUUAUGGUGGUCUGAUAUUUACCAGUCCCAGAGCUGGUGAGGCGGUGACAUUAUGUUUGGGUGAAAAGGCUUUUAGAGAAGAAUGGAAUAAUAACUUCUUAAAAGACAAGUGGAAUGAAAAAUCUGUCUAUGUUGUAGGAAAAUCUACAGCCAAUUUGGUAAAGGAAAUUGGUCUUGUAACACAAGGAGAAGACUCAGGAAAUGCAGAAAAACUAGCUGAGCACAUCUGUAACAAAGAAUCUUCAAAUUCCCUGCCUCUUCUGUUUCCUUGUGGUGCUCUAAAAAGAGAGAUACUUCCCAGAUGUCUAAGAGAAAAAGGUGUUCCAUUGGAAAGUUUAACUGUCUAUAAAACGUCUCAGCACCCUUGCUUCCAGCAAGCUUUGGAUGAUUAUUUUUCAGAACAGGGAAUCCCAGAUAUCAUCACCUUUUUCAGUCCUUCCGGUGUUAAAUUUUGUCUGAAUACUAUCAAAAAAUUGGCAGGGGACCUCUUUGACACAAUUAAGUUUGCAGCAAUAGGACCAACAACAGCUGAUGCCAUGGUAACAGAGGGACUGACUGUGAGUUGUACCUCAGAAAAACCUACAGCUCAAGAUCUAGCAGCUAGUAUAAGAAAAGUGCUAUAAAAAAGUGACAAAUACAUAGCAGCAAAACAUUGUUUCUUUUUCUUUAAUGGCUAAAAUGUUUGCUUAGUUAACAUGUGUUCUUUAGAUUCUGUUUAAAUUGUAGCCUUGUUUCCUAUCAUUGUAAAAUUGUAAAAUUACUUUAAAUCAGGAAAUUUCUCUUUAAUUAGUCUAUUUCUGUAACAUAAUUUUCUAAAAUAUAUUUGUGAAUCCCAGGAAAUUGCAUGUUCCUUAGUCAGACUGAGACAAAGGUGUAAGAAAUCUCUUUAUAAGGUAGUAUCUCAUUUACGGUACACAAUCAUUUUUUAUAUAUCUUUCCCAAAGGUUUUGAGAAAUCUUGAUUUUUAUUUCAAAUUAAUGUGAAAGUCUAGCAGUGCUGUAAUGUAAAUAACAAAGUAUUGGAUUCUAAUCUUUACAAUCAUUUUUAUGAUAAGAAUAAUAAUUUUGGAGUAGUGGGGAUAUGAAUUUGGGAAGUAUGUCUGCACCAUCCCAUUAAAAUGUUUAUUAUUCAGGUUGAUGAUAACAUAUUUAAAUUAUGCAUAUUCUUUCAGCCUAUAAGGUCUAUGAUUUGAGAGGAGAAAGUGAAGUCUGCAGAUGAUUUGAGACUCUAUGAUUUGAGACUCAGGGCAGAAUUUAUUCACUAAUAGGAUUUGGAUAUUGCUGACUAAGCCAGCAUUUAUUGCUCAGAGGGCAGUUAGGGUCAACGAUAUUUGUUAUGGGUCUGGAAUCAUUUGUAG